AACUGUCUACUCAGUACGCAUGCGCGUCGAUUUGAAGAGACUACGCCAUAUUGGAUUCACUUAGGAAUCCACUAGCCUUAUUUCAGCUAGCGGUGUAAAGGACCAAUUUAUCAAUGGUCUCUAAACGGUUUCAUGUUUAGUCCUCCUAUUUUCGUGAGCUAGGUAUCUUAACCCUUCCCCGGACCUGGACGUCGCGUCAUUGUAACGGGCAGUGCUUUUUCACACACUCGGAGGGGCCACCUACAAGAAGUUGAAUGGAUCCGAGGGUAGCUUGGAUUCAGCCCGAACAGAAAGGACCUGCGAACGCCUUAUGGAUGCACGUCUGGGAGACUUCUCAGGGAGUACGGGACCUCUCUGGCCGGCAUCACAAUCAGAAACACAGCCCGUGUUUGAACUACCCUACGUUGGACGUUUUUAAAAAUGUCGCGGCCGUGGUGUCAAGUAAUAGCUUUUGCAGCAGCAACGGUAACGUGACUGCUGGUCUGAGCAGCAGCCAUCGUAGCAUCAUGAACGGCACUAGUAUUAAUGGCACUGCAAUUUCUUCCCUCGGCAUGGUGAUAUCGAAUGGGAACGUACAGAACUCUUUGACCCCGCCGGCCAACGCGAAUGGCAACGGUGUGACGGUGGAUUUAGGUGAGGGAAAGAUGUCCCAAACGACGGGGUCUGUUUCCUCCUCUUUGCAGGAAUCAGGAACGGACCGUCUCUCUUCCAAGUGCUCAUUAGACCGGACUUUUAGUGCAAACGGAACGGGGAAUAUAAAUAAAAACGCUGGCGGCGCCAAUUUUAUCUUUAACUUCAGUGACCGCAUGCACAAUAAUGUUAACCAAUACCAUCGCCACCUUCAGGAGCAUCCACCUUUCAAUUUGCAACAAAUUUGUGUAAAGGGGCACCAGAUUCCCCCUUCCAUACCUCUAAAUCACCACAAUCACCAUCCAGGCCGAAGGAAAAGUGACAACAAGGCGAGCACUUAUGGGAUGAAUUACUUGCUUUCAAACUGCACUAAUGGUAAUUAUGCUAUUACCUGGAUGCCAUGGAACACGAGGAAAUACAACCCAGGACUUCUUGGCCUCCAUGAGGAGAUUGUGGACUUCUACAACUUCAUGUCUCCUCGACCAGAGGAGGCGGCCAUGAGGAAGGAGGUCGUCAACAGGAUAGAGACGGUCAUCAAGGAGCUGUGGCCCAACGCUGAGGUCCAGAUAUUUGGCAGCUUUAGCACAGGACUCUAUCUUCCGACAAGUGACAUUGACCUGGUGGUGUUCGGGAAGUGGGACCGCCUCCCUCUCCAAGAGCUGGAGCAGGCCCUGCGGAAACACAAUGUGGCCGAGCCCUUCUCCAUCAAAGUGCUGGACAAGGCAACGGUGCCAAUCAUCAAGCUGACAGACCAGGAGACGGAGGUCAAGGUGGAUAUCAGCUUUAAUGUGGAGACGGGCGUCAAGGCCGCAAACUUCAUCAAAGAAUAUGUUAAGAAGUAUCCAAUGCUGCCUUAUCUCAUCUUUGUGCUGAAGCAGUUCCUGCUGCAGCGGGAUCUCAACGAGGUCUUCACCGGGGGCAUCAGCUCCUACAGCCUCAUCCUCAUGAUCAUCAGCUUCCUCCAGCUCCACCCACGCAUCGACGCACGCAACCCCAGUGAGAACCUGGGCGUGCUGCUCAUCGAGUUCUUCGAGCUCUACGGCCGCCACUUCAACUACCUGAAGACGGGCAUCCGCAUCAAGAACGGAGGCGCCUACAUGGCCAAGGAGGAGCUGAUGAAGGCCAUGAACGCCGGCUGCAGGCCGUCCAUGCUCUGCAUAGAGGACCCCCUGCUCCCAGGCAACGACGUUGGCAGGAGUUCGUAUGGCGCCAUGAACGUGAAGGACGUGUUUGACUACGCAUACACGGUCCUCAGCCACGCUGUGCCACCCCUGGCGCGGUCGUACCCCAACAAAGACUGUGGCAGCACUCUGGGGAGGAUCCUCCGCCUGACCCAGGAGGUGAUCGACUACCGGGAGUGGAUCAUCAAGAAGUGGGGGGGCAGGCAGCUGGCCCGAACCGAGAGCCGUGGCUGUCUCCCCAAGGAGGCGGCGUCCGAGGCGGAGGCGGAGCCGGAGCCCGCCGUCCGGGCGGCGGAGGAGCAGAGGGACUCCAGCUCCCCCCACAGCGCCGACUCCCCCAUGUCCAUGUCCAGCCCCCGGCAGCACUCGUCUGCCUCCUCGGUGUCCUCUCUCUCCGGGUCGGACAACGACUCUGACUCCACACCGUCGUGUCCGGCGGCCCCGCCCGCCCUGCACCCCUACGCCUCCUUCCAGACGCUGGGCCUCGCCCUGCCCCCCAGCCUGGGCCUGCCGCCGGGCCUGCCCAUGGCCAAGCCCUGCCGCCUCAUCAUGCCUGCUGGGUCGCAGGCGCACGUCUCGCUGCCCGGGGCUCUCUCCAUGCACUCCAUACCUGGUCGCCAGGUGUGUAUCGACGCCAGCAACCUGCCCACCUUCUUCCACAUGCCCCCCCCAGCCCACGCCAUUGUCUCCACCCCCAGCAGCCCCCAGCCGCCGGCCAGCCCCCACCCCAACCACACGCACAAGAACAUAGCAAAAUUCAACGUCAAGGGCUUCCACAACCCAGCACUGGUCAGCAGUCCCGUCCUGACCACCCGUGGACACACGCACGCCCACACACACACGCAGUACCACCGUACCUCCUGGCGGCGCAGGAAGCGGGACGGCCUCCCCGUCAGCCUCAGCAGAUAGAGGCCGCCGCUCACCCCCUCCGCGCCUCUCCUCUGACCCAUCCCGCCGCCCCGAGCUUCGUCUGGUAGGACUAACGGACAGACAGCCACCGACGGGCAGGCAGGUACUCGGACAGACUGACAGCCAGAGCAGCUAACUGUUUUUAGUGGGCAGCACCCACGCUAAGCGACCCAUCAGCCCCGCCUCUUUGGCCAGCUCUAAACGCCCCCCCCCCCCCCCCCCCCCCUUCCUCCAUCUCGGCCCCCUCUCGUCGUUCCCUCUGCAGUUCUGUUCUCCUCCCACCUGCCUACUGAAAGACUAUUCAGAGCAAGGGCCCCAAGCGACCAGGCCCCCCCCCCCCCCCCCCCCCCAGCACUCUUGGCCCAAGGACUCAGCAGCGACCCCCCCCCCCCGCCCCUCCACCCGUCGGUCCGGAUAGGAUCGGGCUGCCUGGGACAGAGAUGUGUUUGCCUUUAUUUUUCUCCCCCUCUGAUUAGGUUGAGUCUCUGCCCCCGUCGGUGCAGGGCCUCGGCGCGGCGGUGAUGUCACGGCCUGCUGGGAGCGGCCCCAGCGGGAGAGGCCUUCAGCUUACAGUUGCCUCUGUCUCGCCGCAGCCAAGCUGCCCGUUUUCUACUCGCAGAUUUGAUUUCCUUUUCUUUUUUUCUAGUAAACACACAUACGAGCGGUUUUGUAAGUCGUGCAAUAAUUCAUUUUUCUCUUUCAAAGUAAAUGUUUAUUUAAAUUUGGUCUGUGUAUAUGUAAAGGCAUUUUUUAAUGUUAUUUUUUUAUAGAACAUUUUAAUUUGAAGAGUGUUUACAGAACCUUUCCCUCGGUAAGAUCUAUAGAUAUAUGGAGAGUUGUAUAGUGUGAUGGUCCGUUGUGUGUGUGUGUGUGCGCGUGUGUGCGCGCGCGUGUGUGUGUGUGUGUGUGUGUGUGUGUGUGCGUGUGUGUGUGUGGGGAGGUUGACAUGGAACCCAGUUCAAAGCACACCCUGCUUCACACACCCCGUAUCCCCCUCCACGUCCACCAAGUCGUCUUCAAAUGCACUGAGUGUCACAGGGAGGUACGAUCAACGAAGGCGAAAGGUUGAGUUGGCCAUCGCUUGUGAUUACAAGCACUUGUCUGAAAGAGGGGAUCUGGCCCACUCGGUUCAGCGUAGAUUGAGAUGGGAAGGCAGAACCUAGAGAAGAGAACGCCAUUCUACCUGUCCAUUAGAUUGCUCCGGAUGGCAUUUGGCUCUCGAAGCCUGCAAGCACUGCUUGUGUGCAUGUGUCAGAUUGUGUUCAUAUAUACAUAUAUAUAGGUGUGUGUGUGUGUGUGUGUGUGUGUGUCAUCAUUGGACUGUACAGUUCGAGAGGGAAGGCUAGCAGUAGCUGGUGUUCUCUUUGGCGUCUCUUCCUUCUCACAGCAGAAGUGUCGCAGCUCCGUGUCGGUCGACCCCUACCCCCCUGUGUGUUUUUAAAAAUGGCCAUGGUUGUCGUCUUUUUAUGGGCCGCAGGAAGUGAUCGCAGGAUCGGGUCGAAGCCUCAUAAAAAUAAACGGCUCUCUUGACCGGACCUGACCUCAAGUUGAUGAAGAGUUGCCUGGGGGUCAGACCAUGACCUCGACCCCUUUCCCUUAGAUUUGGGGACGGGGACAGGGCUUUGAUGCUACGUAACCUGUUCAGGUGUCCACUCUUUUGGUGCAAAUCAGUUUGGAUGAAUACAAAUGGGGAGGGGAUCUUCCUAAUCAAGGACUAGUGAAAGGGAAAUCUAUUCUGGUUCCUUCCGGGAAUCUCGUGUAUAUUCGAUUGCCAGGUACUUCCGCUAACUGUUUUUUUGCAAUGCUUAAUGUCAUUACUAUGCAAGUGGAGUCCUCGAAUUAUUGUCACAUUUUGUUUGAUUAUUUUUUUCCCCCGCCUAAAUGUUACUACCACUGCUUGUAGAACAAUGGGUCGUGUGACUGUCCAUGGUAAAUUCUGUCCUCUGAUUAGCCCACAAAACUGGCCGCAUUUCAAAAUUUAGAUUCAAUGCCCCCUCUGUACAUGUUUUUUUUUUUUUUUCCUUUACAGUAUUGUAAUGGAAGUAAACUGAUUGGUCUGGCCUGUCCGCGUUUUGUUAUUUUCUUCACAGCAGCUGUGAGAAUCAACGUUCAGCAUCACUUUUAAUUGUCAUUCUAUCCAGCGACUGGUUGGAGAGACUCGCUCUGGCCGCCGUGCUCCACUCAGAGAGCGCCUUGCUCUCUGGGCUGGAGGUGGUACUUUUAUCCCCUGAUCAUGUUCGGCCGCCCCCCCAGGUCACAUCCUAAAGGCCGGAAAAGACAAAAUAUAGGAAGAGGUACCAUAAAUAAUGAUCCAGAAUUAAUUUCUAGUUUAUAUUCACAGGUCAAAUGUUAGACCUGUGACUGCUCUCCAUAUGUGAUCAGGACUCAUUCCAGUCGAACACAGUCCAUCUGUUAUGGUCAGACACUGUCUUCAUAUCGGCCGUGAGGCCAUUUUAAAUCAACCAUGAAACCAUUUCCCGUUCUACUGGGUACAAUGCUCUUUAACCCAUGGGUGGUUGAAGUUACAGUACAUGCUUGACCUACACAAACUCAAACGUCCAUGGCGGCUUUUUCCUUUGGAUAAUACUACCAGCAUUUAUUAAAGGAAGGAAAUCCACCAAGGAGACCCAGAGACUGGCUUUGAGCUGUCAGCCAUGUGUUGACAGGAGACUGAAGUCUGUUCCCACCCUCUUGGUGGGCCUUUUUCUACGUUGCUCCAACAUGAUGAGGGUAGGACCGUCUAGCUUAGAGCUGCCCCCCCCCCCCCCUAGCCUCUCUGUUCCUUUGGUUUUCUAUCCAUUUUGAUGACAUGUUCUGGAGUGAAGAACCGAAUGCAGAGUUUUACACCUGACACUGCUGAGAUUUGGAUGUA